GCAGCUUUCCCCGCUCCCUCCCCCUCGCUUCACUCACCCCCACCCCCCCGCUGAGCGAGGAGGAGCCGGAGAGAGGAAGAUGGCGGCGGCCGCCAGCACCCGCGCUGCCGCGGGGCCGCUCCGAGGAGCCUGAGGAACCCAUAGAGGCUUCGCGGGAGGACGCGGCGGCGGAGGAUGAGCCUGCAGAGCGCGCAGUAUCUCCGAAUGUCUUAAACCAUUCUACCUUAUGAGAAAUUGGAUGUUCUUGCAGAUAGUCAUUGUGGGAGAAAACGUUUCAUUUAAGUCCCAGAUGAGGACCGGAAACUUGAAAUCAGAGGAGCAUCUGAAAUCAAGUAAUAUUAGGCAGGCAGAAGUCCUGAAGGCUGAUAUGACAGAUUCUAAGCUGGGUCCAGCUGAGGUCUGGACGUCCAGGCAGGCUCUGCAGGACCUGUACCAGAAAAUGCUAGUUACAGAUUUGGAGUACGCUUUAGACAAGAAAGUAGAACAGGAUCUCUGGAAUCAUGCCUUUAAGAAUCAGAUCACAACACUACAAGGCCAGGCAAAGAAUCGAGCAAACCCGAAUCGGAGUGAAGUUCAGGCAAACCUUUCUCUGUUCCUAGAGGCAGCUAGUGGCUUCUAUACUCAGUUAUUACAAGAACUGUGUACAGUGUUUAAUGUAGAUUUACCAUGCCGUGUGAAGUCUUCCCAGUUGGGAAUUAUCAGCAAUAAACAGACGCAUACCAGCGCCAUAGUGAAGCCACAGUCUAGCUCCUGUUCCUACAUCUGCCAGCACUGCCUCGUCCAUCUAGGAGACAUCGCUCGAUACAGAAACCAGACCAGCCAGGCAGAGUCCUACUAUAGGCAUGCAGCUCAGCUUGUCCCCUCCAAUGGUCAGCCUUACAAUCAGUUGGCUAUCUUAGCUUCAUCCAAAGGAGACCAUCUGACCACAAUUUUCUACUACUGCAGAAGUAUUGCUGUGAAGUUCCCUUUCCCAGCUGCCUCCACUAACCUACAAAAAGCACUUUCUAAAGCACUGGAAAGCCGGGAUGAGGUGAAAACCAAGUGGGGUGUUUCUGACUUCGUCAAGGCCUUUAUUAAAUUCCACGGUCAUGUUUAUCUGAGUAAGAGCUUGGAAAAGUUGAGCCCUCUUCGAGAAAAAUUGGAAGAACAGUUUAAGAGACUGCUAUUCCAAAAAGCCUUCAACUCUCAACAGUUAGUUCAUGUUACUGUCAUUAACCUGUUUCAACUUCAUCACCUUCGUGACUUUAGCAAUGAAACAGAACAGCAUAGUUACAGCCAAGAUGAACAGCUGUGUUGGACACAGUUGCUAGCUCUCUUCAUGUCUUUUCUUGGCAUCCUGUGCAAGUGUCCUCUCCAGAAUCAGUCUCAGGAGGAGUCCUACAAUGCCUAUCCCCUUCCUGCAGUCAAGGUUUCCAUGGACUGGCUGAGACUUAGACCUAGAGUCUUCCAAGAGGCUGUGGUGGAUGAGAGACAGUACAUUUGGCCCUGGUUGAUUUCUCUUCUAAAUAGUUUCCAUCCCCAUGAAGAGGAUCUGUCAAUUAUUAAUGCUACACCACUUCCCGAGGAGUUUGAGUUACAAGGAUUCCUGGCUUUAAGACCAUCUUUCAGGAACUUGGAUUUUUCCAAAGGCCACCAGGGUAUCACUGGAGACAAGGAGGGCCAGCAACGACAAAUACGACAACAGCGCUUAAUCUCUAUAGGAAAGUGGAUUGCUGAUAAUCAGCCAAGGCUGAUUCAGUGUGAAAAUGAGGUAGGGAAAUUGUUGUUUAUCACAGAAAUUCCAGAGUUAAUCCUGGAAGACCCCAGUGAAACCAAAGAGAACCUCAUCCUGCAAGAAACAUCCACGAUGGAGUCACUGAGUGCAGAAGGGAAUCCGGGACUAAAAUCUGUGCUGUCUACAGGCCGAAGUCUAAGCAACAACUGUGACGCGGGAGAGAAACCAAUGGUUACCUUCAAAGAGAACAUUAAGCCACGAGAAGUGAACAGAGACCAAGGAAGAAGUUUUACUCCCAAAGAGGUGAGAAGGGACUAUAGCAAAGGAAUAACUGUAACUAAGAAUGAUGGAAAGAAGGACAACAACAAGAGGAAAACUGAAACCAAGAAAUGCACCUUAGAAAAGUUACAGGAAACAGGAAAGCAGAAUGUGGCAGUGCAGGUCAAAUCCCAGACAGAACUAAGAAAGACUCCAGUCUCAGAAGCCAGGAAAACACCUGUAACUCAAACCCCGAGUCAAGCAAGUAACUCACAGUUCAUCCCCAUUCAUCACCCUGGAGCCUUCCCCCCUCUCCCCAGUCGGCCAGGGUUCCCGCCCCCAACAUAUGUUAUCCCCCCAUCUGUGGCAUUUUCAAUGGGCUCAGGUUACACCUUCCCAGCUGGUGUUUCUGUCCCAGCAACCUAUCUUCAGCCUACAGCUCACUCUCCAGCAGGAAACCAGGUGCAAGCUGGGAAACAGUCCCACAUUCCUUACAGCCAGCAACGGCCCUCUGGACCAGGGCCAAUGAACCAGGGACCUCAACAGCCACAGCCACCUUCCCAGCAACCCCUCACAGCUUUACCAGCUCAGCCAACAGCACAGUCUACAAGCCAGUUGCAGGUUCAAGCUCUAGCUCAGCAACAACAAUCUCCUACAAAAGCCGUGCCAGCGUUGGGGAAAAGCCCUCCUCACCACUCUGGAUUCCAGCAGUAUCAACAGGCAGAUGCCUCCAAACAACUGUGGAAUCCCCCUCAGGUUCAAGGCCCAUUAGGGAAAAUCAUGCCUGUGAAACAACAGCCCUACUACCUUCAGACCCAAGACCCCAUAAAACUGUUUGAGCCGUCGUUGCAACCUCCUGUAAUGCAGCAGCAGCCUCUAGAGAAAAAAAUGAAGCCUUUUCCCAUGGAGCCAUAUAACCAUAAUCCCUCAGAAAUCAAAGUCCCAGAAUUCUAUUGGGAUUCUUCCUAUAGCAUGGCUGAUAACAGAGCUGUCAUGGCACAGCAAGCAAAUAUGGACCGCAGGGGCAAACGAGCACCGGGAGUCUUCCGUCCAGAGCAGGAUCCUGUGCCCAGGAUGCCAUUUGAGGACCCCAAAGGCUCCCCUCUGCUUCCUCCGGACCUGUUAAAAAGUCUGGCUGCCUUGGAGGAAGAGGAAGAGCUGAUUUUCUCUAACCCUCCUGAUCUUUACCCUGCUCUGCUGGGGCCUCUCGCCUCUCUUCCUGGAAGAAGCCUCUUUAAAUCCCUGUUGGAGAAGCCCUCAGAGCUCGUGUCACACUCAUCCUCUUUCCUGUCCCUCACCACCGGCUUCUCUCUCAAUCAGGAAAGGUACCCAAAUAGCAGUGUGUUCAAUGAGGUAUAUGGGAAAAAUCUGACUACCAGCUCCAAAGCAGAACUUAACCCUUCUGUGGCCCCCCAAGAAACAUCACUGUACUCUCUUUUUGAAGGGACUCCAUGGUCUCCAUCACUUCCUGCCAGUUCAGAUCAUUCAACACCAGCCAGCCAGUCUCCUCAUUCCUCUAAUCCAAGCAGCUUGCCCAGCUCCCCUCCAACACACAACCAUAAUUCUGUUCCAUUCUCCAAUUUUGGACCCAUUGGGACUCCAGAUAACAGGGAUAGGAGAGCUGCAGAUCGAUGGAAAACUGAUAAGCCAGCCAUGGGCGGGUUUGGUGUUGACUAUCUCUCAGCAACAUCCUCUUCUGAGAGCAGUUGGCAUCAGACCAGCACUCCGAGCGGCACCUGGACAGGCCAUGGCCCCUCCAUGGAGGAUUCUUCUGCUGUCCUCAUGGAAAGCCUAAAGUCUAUCUGGUCCAGUUCUAUGAUGCACCCUGGGCCUUCCGCUCUGGAGCAGCUGCUGAUGCAGCAGAAGCAGAAACAGCAGCGCGGACAAGGCACCAUGAACCCUCCACACUGAGGCCACAGUGGUAACCUGGGAAUGAAGGCUCCAUAAACCAUGGCAUGUUGGGUUUGCAGGACUGGCCACACAGUCUCUGCAGGUGGCAGCCCUCUUUUCUGUUUCUUGCUGUUGAGAGGGUGUAAGUGUUCCACCAGCCCGCUGAGUGUGCACGACAUGUCUGCAGUGCAACAAAAAGAAAACCCAUCAGGAACUCUCCGUCCCCCCGGGGCCUUCUGGAGGGAGAGAGAGACUGCUGUUUGUCUCACUCAGUUACCUGACAUCACCACCUCUCACCUUCUCCAUCGUGCAUGUCCCCAGCCACAUGGGAAGUGAAAGCUGAGGAGGGAAAGCAGAUGGGAGAAGUCAGUGGGAACUUCUCAGUCCUUUAUUUCCUCUCUGGGGAAUAAAAUAGGAAUCCAUUAAUGAUUGCUUUGCUGACUGAGAAUGUAGUAGAAAUUAUUCCUAAACAUCUUUUAUUAUUGUUAUUGCUCUCAGUAGUAAACUAUCACACUGAAUUCUUCCAUACACACACAUGCUGCUUCUAGUCAGUGUGCAGCAAGGAGAGCCCCGCCCACUGUUCCUGAGAGAGGUUGGUGGUGACAGGCCGGGAAGUUGAUCUCUCAGCCAUGGAAGUGUUCACAAGGGAAAGGACAAGGCCUCACCCUUCGCUCAUAAGGUUCUGGUGGGACCUUCUGUGGCCUGGAGACUCGGCGGCAUAUGCCCUUCACUCUGUAGGUGCUCGAGCCCAUCGAGGAUGCAGUGUGGGUGGUAUGCUGGGCUGGACUAGCAGACGACUGCUGUAGGAUAUAAAAUUAAUGUUUUUGAUUCCUGUACAUUUUACAGUAGCAUAGCACGCAGUCUCUCAGAAGGCAGGCUGGCCUUUUGUGGCCUGACACAUUUGAUAGGUAGAAGCUUUCAGUGUGGUUUAUUUUGUUUGUUUGGUUUUUGUGUCCCAUCCCACUUACCUCCUCCUGUCCCUUCCGCAUUUCCCUUUCUACUCUAUGCUGUAUGCUAGUAAUUGUUUUUAUUCUUAAUGUGUGCAACAUCUGGCCAAGAAGCAACAGCAUGGGGUCCAGCAGUUGGGGCCCGUAAGAAAGUCUGAAGAGGAAGGAAACAACAGCAUCGCAGGGCCCACAGAGGGGCCAGGCCCCUGCCCAGCUGCAAUCUCCCAGCCUCCGCUUUCAGAGUGAAAUUCAAGGCAACACGAGUGCAUCGUGCAUGAAGAAAACAACGAAGUCCAUUCUGGAAAAUGCAAAAGAAAGGAAAUUAAACUUUCAUUUGAUAUUUAUUGGGAGGAAAGAGGACUGAAAUUUUCUUGUGUGGAAACAGAAGGACAGCAUUUGUUUGUCACUUCCUGGAAAAGUAAUAUUUUAAGGGGAAAUUAUGGAAACAAUCUAAAUGUCCAAUUGCUGUGCUAGUGGUAGGGUUUCUUUUCCGGGAGGUGUGUGUGUGUGUGUGCGUGUGAGCGCGUGUGCGUGCACGCGCCCUUCUGCUCCGUGUGUGUGUGUGUGUGUGUGUGCACCCUUCUGCUCCCCAGGGGAGAGGUGGUGUGUGUGAGUGUGUGGAGCUAGUGUGUAACUUGAGAGCUGGAAAACAGCUACCGAGCAAAGCACGUCCAGGAGCCCCGGGGUCACUGGAGUCCAGGAACCCCAGCAAUGAAAAGGGGUGAGGUUAAUGUGCAUUGCUCCUCAGAGUGGUUGGAGCCCUGUGUGCUCACAUGUGCGUACAUGGCUGCUCUUUCAGUUUGACUUGGUGUUUGGGGUUUUUUGUUUUGUUCUCUUGUUUUUGUUUUGUUUGUUUGUUUUAAUGUCCAAAAGGGUGAAGCCCCCCUCAACCCAAUGGCAAUAUGAAACCCUUUGUGCUUCUCCCUAGCCCCUCCUUCUGUUCACCUUCUCCUACCUCCCUCUCCGCCUCCUUUCCUGUCACCUCUGCCCACUUUGUGUGUUUGAACUCUGCAUUCAGGCAGCUGCAACAUUCCAAUGUGUGAACUGUCACUGAUGCUUGCACCCUAGACAAGCGAACCAGGUUCACCCCUCACUCCCAGUAGCACCCGAGUCCCACCUACAGUCCACUUCUGCAUGAGAAUUUGGUGUUUGGAAUGUUUUGACUCUUGGGGCGGGUUCCUCGCCUUAUCAUUCUCAAUGUGGAGUAAUGAGGAGGGAGAGGAGAAUCUUCAUCAGAAACUGGUUUUGUGUAAUAAACUUUCUUUUGUGUUUUGUUUUGUUUUGUUUUGUUUUGUUUUGUUUUGUUUUGUUUGGGUCUGUCUGUGCAAGACCUGCAGCUGCUGAAUCAGCUUUGCCUUUAAUUAAACCAUGUUCUCUCCAACCAGAUCUGUGCGUAGAUUCUUUCUUAUCCUACAAGAAAACCGGAUUUAAAAAGAAAGAAUUUUAACUAUUCACAAGUCACCUAGAGGUCAGAAACAAAUAUUCUUUAAGAUUUUGUUUUUAGUAGCAUUCCAAACAUUGUGUAUUUCUGUGGAAAGGGAUGGGUAGAAAGGAACUGAUUGGCAAAAUUCUUUAAUAAAGAAUGGCUUAUGCAGAGGCAUUAA